UUAAAAAAUGUAUUGGAGGAACAUAAAAACUUUUACUGAUUAAACCUGAUUUUUUAAAAUUCCCAAAUUUCAAAAUCCCUAAAAUCUCCCCUAAACUCUUCUUCGGCUCAUUUCUCCAUUCAACGUCUCACAUCAUCACUCAACCGUCAAACCAUGCCCCGCCAGCCGUCGUUCAUUUCUCCAAUCUCUUUUGUUUCUUCUACACUGAAACCUUAAACGGUUGAUAUAUCUUUCGACGUCCCUUCAGGCUCCACAGUAGAUUAUCUGCUGGAAAAGUGGGUUUUUCUGGCUCAUGGAAAUAGAGGGGCAGUUACCAAUUGGUUAUCAUGAUAAAGAUUGGGGAAAACCAAAAUGCAAUUAGUAGUAUGGUAGAUCGAGGAGACUCUUUGCCUUGUACUGAUGGAGUGAAUGAAAACAUGGUUGAUAUUGUGGAUGAAGCGGCACAAAGUAGAGAUAGGAUAGUUGAUUCCUCUAAAAGGACUGUUGUUGGAUUUGAUGGGGAUACGGAUUUUGAGCCACGUAAUGGCAUUGAGUUUGAGUCACAUGAGACAGCUUAUGCUUUUUAUCAGGAAUACGCCAAGUCUAUGGGAUUUACUACCUCCAUUAAAAACAGUAGGCGGUCAAAGAAAUCAAAGGAAUUUAUUGAUGCUAAAUUUGCAUGUUCCAGAUAUGGAGUCACACCAGAAUCAGAUGUUGGUAGCAGUAGAAGAUCAAGUGUAAGAAAGACAGACUGCAAAGCCAGCAUGCAUGUGAAAAGAAGGCAGGAUGGGAAGUGGAUUAUUCAUGAAUUUGUUAAGGAGCAUAAUCAUGAGCUUUUACCCGCCCUUGCUUACCAUUUUCGAAUCUAUAGGAAUGUGAAAUUGGCUGAAAAGAAUAACAUUGACAUUCUGAAUGCAGUUAGUGAACGCACAAGAAAGAUGUAUGUUGAGAUGUCUAGACAGUCCGGUGGAUAUCAAAAUGUAAGCUUCCUUCAGAAUGACGUAAAAAAUCAGCUUGAUAAAGGCAGGCACUUGGUUGUGGAUGAGGGAGAUGCCCAAAUUAUGCUAGAGUAUUUUAAGCGUGUCAAGAAGGAGAACCCUGAUUUCUUCUAUGCAUUAGAUUUAAAUGGGGAGCAGCGCUUGAGAAAUUUGUUUUGGAUUGAUGCUAAAAGUAGGAAGGACUAUCUUAGUUUCAAUGAUGUAGUUUCCUUUGAUACCACUUACGUGAAAUUCAAUGAGAAAUUACCAUUGGCACCAUUUGUUGGGGUUAACCAUCACUUUCAGUCUAUGUUACUCGGAUGUGCAUUGCUUGCAGAUGAAACUAAGCCCACAUUUGUUUGGCUAAUGAAGACAUGGCUUCGAGCAAUGGGUGGACAAGCUCCCAAAGUUAUAAUUACUGACCAAGACAAAGGAUUGAAGGCUGCAGUUGAAGAGGUCUUCCCAACUGCGCGGCAUUGCUUUGCUCUUUGGAAUAUUUUAGAAAAAAUCCCCAAAUCUCUUGCACAUGUAAUUGGACCACAUGAGAACUUUUUGCCUAAAUUCAAUAAGUGCAUUUUCAAGUCGUGGACAGAUGAAGAGUUUGAUAUGCGAUGGUGGAAAAUGAUAACUCGAUUUGAACUCCACGAUGAUGAGUGGGUUCAAUCAUUGUAUGAAGACCGCAAAAGAUGGGUGCCGACUUUCAUGGAAGAUGUGUUUCUUGCUGGAAUGUCUACAAGUCAGCGUUCUGAAAGUAUGAACUCCUUCUUUGAUAAAUACAUCCACAAGAAAAUUACUUUGAAAGAGUUUGUGAAACAGUAUGGGGCAAUUUUGCAAAAUAGGUAUGAAGAGGAAGCUGUAGCUGAUUUUGAUACCUGGCAGAAACAGCCAGCACUAAAAUCUCCAUCACCUUGGGAAAAACAGAUGUCAAUUGUUUAUACACAUGCAAUAUUCAAAAAGUUCCAAGUUGAGGUCUUGGGUGUAGUUGGCUGUCAUCCCAAAAAGGAAAAUGAAGAUGAAGGAACUGUAACAUUUAGAGUUCAAGACUGUGAGAAGGGUGAAAAUUUUAUGGUAAUAUGGAAUGAGGAAAAGUCAGAGGUUUCUUGUAGCUGUCGUUUGUUUGAAUACAAAGGUUUUCUUUGUCGACAUGCAAUGAUUGUUCUCCAAAUGUGUGGUCGCACAAGUAUCCCUCCUUGUUAUAUAUUGAAGAGGUGGACUAAGGAUGCUAAGAGUGGGCAGUCAACUGCUGAAGGAACAAACAGAGUGCAGACGAGGGUGCAACGUUACAAUGAUUUGUGCAAACAAGCGAUUGAAUUGAGUGAGGAAGGAUCAUUGUCUGAAGAGAGUUAUAACAUCGCUUUUCGUGCACUGGUUGAAGCUCUGAAAAAUUGUGUCAAUGUUAACAACUCUUGUGUCAGUGCUGUAGAAUCUACCGGCCAUGCUCAUGGUCUUCGUGAAGCAGAAGAAGUAAAUCCAGGGAGUCUUGCUUCAAAAUCGAGUAAGAAAAAGAAUACAAACAAGAAACGAAAGGGGCAAUCAGAGCCAGCUCUCGUGUUUGUCGAUAACCAAGACAGCUUGCAGCAAAUGGAGAACCUGAGCUCAGAUGGAAUAACUCUUAACGGUUAUUAUGGUGCCCAACAGAACGUGCAAGGACUGGUACAGUUAAAUUUGAUGGAGCCACCUCAUGAUGGUUAUUAUGUUAAUCAGCAGAGCAUGCAGGGUCUUGGACAGUUGAACUCGAUAGCACCUGGCCAUGACAGUUUUUUUGGCACUCAACAAAGCAUGCAUAGUCUGGGACAAUUGGAUUAUCGGCCUUCAGCUAGUUUCAGUUAUGCUUUACAGGAUGAGCCCCAAUUGAGAUCAACUCAAUUGCAUGGUGGUGUUUCAAGACAUCCGAAAAGUGAAUCCAUGAAACGUUUAUUGCUCUGUGUUUUGGAGCUUGUUGGGUCCUUUUCCUUGAGCUCUUUCAAUGAGAAUUUGGUACCAAACAUUCAUUUGGCUGAAGCGGUGGCCACUCUUCAUAACAGUUGCAGAAGCAGCAAUGUAAGCAUUUCAACUUCUCCCAAUAUUGUUUCUUCCUUUUCUCAAUCUCUGCUUCGUAAACAAGAACGGCCACAAAAACAAAGCAACAAAAUGGAAUCAAGAUUCGAACUUAAUCUGAAAGCUAUGAAAAACCCAGUUUUCUUACUGUGUAAUGAAAUAAAAUUAUGGCGGCUGGUCGGAUUAACAGGGUUGCAUAUUGAGUUGAAAGAAAUUGAUUUUCAUGUUCCAUGGCUUAUAGAAGCUAUCAAUGUGGAAGACCAUGAUUGUGGAACUCGAAAUAAAUUUGGUGAAGCUAACAGCAGUCCUCACAUUGUCAAUGAAUUGGCUUGUUUGCAAGUCAUUAUGGAUGUGGAUUUGGAGCUUAUGCUUUUCAUAAAUAUUGGACUAUGCUCCAUAUCUGUUUUUCAAACAAUUUCAAUACUUUCCAUGGAAAUAGAUCUUGAGGUGCCUUCAAAAGAACAAGAGAAGCUAAUUCCUGGAUCAAAUGAAAAUGAUGAUGUUAUGGAUGCUGCAGAGGAAAUAGUUGCUGUAGAUAACGAUGGAAAUCCUCCCACAACCAGUGAGCAUGCAGAGGAAGUUUGUCAACCAAAUUUGAUAGUAAGUUUUUCUGGUUGUGACGAUCAGGUAGACACGACUACUGUCGAAGCAGAUGUUUUCAAAGGCACCAUUUUCGAGCCUCAAAAUGGUUUGGAAUUUGAAUCAAAGGAAGCAGCGUAUUCUUUCUACAGAGAAUAUGCUCGGUCUGUGGGAUUCGGAAUCACAAUCAUUUCUAGUCGUCGUUCAAAAAGAUCUGGCAAAUUUAUUGACGUAAAAAUUGCAUGUUCUAGAUUUGGAAGCAAGCGUGAGUCUAGCACAACUCUCAAUCCACGUUCAUGUCCAAAGACUGGCUGCAAGGCACGUAUGCAUAUGAAGAGGAGGCAUGAUGAGAAAUGGAUAAUACACAGUUUUGUAAAAGAGCAUAACCAUGAGAUUUGUCCUGAUGAGUUUUACUAUGCUAUCAGGGGAAGGAACAAACAGUCUGGUGCGGUGGCAUGCCAAAAGAAAGGCCUGCAGUUGGCUCUAGAUGAGAAAGAUGUGGAACUGAUGCUUGACCAUUUUAUGUGUAUGCAGGAUGAGAAUCCAAAUUUCUUUUAUGCGAUAGAUUUGGAUAGUGAAAAAUGUGCAAGAAGUGUGCUCUGGGUCGAUGCAAAAGGUAGGCACAAUUACAGUCACUUUGGUGAUGUAGUUUUCUUUGAUACCUUUUUUGUUAGAAACAAAUAUAGGAUUCCUUACAUUCCUAUUAUUGGAGUAAAUCAUCACUUCCAGUACAUGUUGCUUGGAUGUGCUCUAAUUGGGGACAAUGCUACAUCAGAAUUUGUUUGGUUAAUGCGUUCAUGGCUUAAAGCAAUGGGUGGGCAAGCUCCUAAAGCUAUAAUUACUGAUCAAGACAAAGUUUUGAAUGAAGCUGUUGCUGAUGUGUUUCCUGACUCUCGCCAUUGUUUCUGUUUGUGGCAUGUACUAAGUAAGUUUCCUGAAAAUUUGGGUUUUACUAUAAAUCAGAAUGAGAAUUUCAUGACAAAGUUUAACAAAUGCAUAUAUAGGUCUUGGACUGAAGAAAAAUUUGAAAAGAGAUGGUCUAAGAUGGUUGACAAGUUUCAGCUGAAAGAGCAUGAAUGGUUUCUUUCAUUGUAUAAUGACAGGAAAAAGUGGGUUCCAACUUACAUGCAGGAUAAAUUUUUAGCUGGAAUAUCCACAAGUGAGCGAUCUGAUAGUAUUGCAUCUUUCUUUGACAAGUUCAUGCAUAAAGAGGCUACAUUCAAGGAGUUCAUUGAGCAGUUUAAAUCAUUCUCGCUAGAAUUGUACGAAAUGGAGGCAAAAGCUGAUUAUGAAACACAAAAUAAGCAACCUGAAUUGAGAUCUCUGUCAGCUUUUGAGAAGCAAUUGUCCAUGAUCUAUACAGAUACAAUAUUCAAGAAAUUUCAGGUUGAGGUUUUGGGAAUGACGUCUUGUCAGCUGCAGAAGGAAAGUGAAGAUGAGGACACUGUAGUCUUUCGAGUUGAUGACUUAGAAGAAAAUCAGAAUUUCUUUGUAGCUUGGAACAAAAGAGAAUUUGAUAUAUGUUGUUUAUGCCGUUCAUUUGAAUACAGAGGCUUCCUUUGUAAGCAUGCCAUCCUUGUUCUUCAAAUGUGUGGUGUUUCUGAUAUUCCAUCCUGCUAUAUAUUGAAGCGUUGGACAAAAGAGGCAAAGAUUAGGAAAAACCUAGGUGAAAUAUCAAACAGGCUUCAUCAUCGAAUGCAGCGUUUCAAUGAUCUAUGUAAGCGUGCCAUCAAAUUGGGUGAAGAAGGGUCUUUAUCUGAAGAAGUAUUUACUAUUGCAUUACGGGCAUUGGAAGAAGCCUUGAAAUAUAGUGUUGGUGUUAACAACUCUGCCAAAAAUGUUUAUGAGCCCAACACAUUGCCUGUUCCUGGUUUUCUUGAUAUUGAAGCUGAGACUUAUUGCAAUACUAGAGCCAAGUCGUCUAAGAAAAAGAAAUUUCACAAAAAGAGAAAGGUUCAUUCUGAGUUGGAAGGAGUAGGUAUGGGGCAAGACAGCUGCCAGCAGAUGAUAAGCUCAAGAACACACACCCUUGAUGGCUGUUAUGUUCCUCAACAGGACAUACCAGAAAUGGAUGUAGGCUCUAGAGCCCCAGCACUUGAUGGUUACUAUGGUGCUCAACAAAAUAUUCAAGGAAUGGGACAGUUGAACUCAAUUUCUCCAUUUCGUGAUGGUUAUUGUAGCAAUCAACAGGGUUUACUAGGGCUGGGACAGCUACAUUCGCUAACAGCCCGUGAUAAUCACUAUGGGAACCAACAGAGUAUGCCGGGCCUGGGUCAGCUUGGCUUUAGAACAGCAGCCAUGCAGGGUUUUGACAUUCAGGACAGUUUGCAAAGUGAGGUACGCGCUUACAAGGACGAAAAUCAUGAUUGGUUUUCUGUGAUUUAUCAUGCAUACCAUUAUUAUGGUUUCAUUACUCUGAUUGCAGGAGCGGUCCAUCGACUCCACUCAUUUUCAUGGCAUUGCAUCAAAGCAUCUUCAUGAUAAGCACCUAUCCUAACUGCUGCAACAGUAGCAUUUCUGUACAUUUAUGUGAUGAAGUUGAUAUAAACAAUUGUCUCCAAAUUAUAAUAUUGGUAGGGUAAAUUAUGUUUUCAUCCUUUAGGGUUGCCCGCAUUUACAAGUCAAGAACCCAUAUUUUCUGGAAAUGACAACUA